ACCAGCUCAUACAAACACAUUUGUGCACAAACUAUACAAGUAAGAAUAUUCUCUCCCUUAAAAAAAAAAAAAAGCAUGAGAUUGACAAAACCUUUUUACUAGCAUGGUGGUAGAUAAUCAUUAUCAACAUUUAAUAUCAUGGGCAUAUACUGGUUCAUCAUUUAUCGUAUGCAACAUUAUGGAGUUUUCUAGAGAUGUUUUGCCAAAACAUUUCAAACAUAACAAUUUUAGUAGUUUUGUCAGACAAUUAAACAUGUAUGGAUUCCAUAAAGUAAAUAAAUCCCCAAGAGGACAUCGUACUUUGGCAGAAAAUCAAAUUUGGGAAUUCUCUCAUCCCAAAUUCUUACGGAACCGCCCUGACCUUUUGGACGAAAUUAAACGCAAAUCAAUGGAAGCUGACACUGCUAGACGUGAGAAUGGUGAUUUACAAAGUCAUGUCGCCAUGUUGCAAGGAUCCCAAGCCGAAAUGAUCCAACAAAUUCAGAACUUGUACGAAAACUUUACCGAGGUUAUUAAAGAAUUGGAAGAAACCAAACAAAAGCAAGAGAGUCAAACACAGUUCAUCAAGAGCAUGAUGAAUUAUAUCUCGCAACAGAAUGGAGGCCAAUUACCAAAUGAAUUUGUUCAUGUGAGCAGCCAAUUUGAUAUAAAGCAAGAGAAACCACCUUCCAUCUUUAUCACAUCGCACGAAGCCAACCACAACAAUAAUUUAUUAGACGACAUGUUUGGUCGCUCAUCAGGACUUUCAGUACAAACACAAAACCUUCCUUGUAACAGUAACAACAACAAUAAUAAUAUCAACAAUAAUAGUCGUUCGACAUUAGGCCCUUAUGGAAACCAAUUACCACCUAGUCCCAGCCCAAGUAUGCUCGUCUCAGAUGAUGAACUCGAUAAUUCAAUGUACUCUCCAAACUCUCCUCACACUCCAAGACAACCACAUAAUUACUCCUCAUCCUUUAUGAAUAACUCUCUCGACACUUUAUCUCAUAGAUAAAACCAUAUACUUGCGGUUUGGCUGGUUCAAACCUGCCCCCACCCCUCACUUACCUAACCCUAUUUAUUAUUUACCACAUUUUGUACAAUAUACACACUACUUUUUU